AUGGAAAGCUUCCGAGCUUCCGAUUCCGAUUCCGAUUCCGAAGCGGGAAGCGGUCAUCGGACGAAGCUUCCGUGCUACAGAGAAAACUGUAAUGGAGGAAAUGGUGGCCAAGUGGCUACACUGACACACUGGUUGACGAUGGUGAACCACAACAAUGGCGAGCGCAACACUGAUGUUGAUUCUCGCCUCCGGCAGAAAGAGCAAGAUAAGCUCUUGUUCCAUGACUUUCUAGGCUCCAAGACUGCAAUUUUAGCAUCCACUUCCAUGGCAGACCAUAGAACACCACCUGAUAAGGCGGCUAGACCGGCGAUGACUCUCUCGACGGCUUCCGCUUCCUCCGCCGGUGGACGUGGAGGUCUCUCCUCAACCUCCGAUCUCGUUGAAAGAAAAGGCGGCGGAGGGAAUCAUCUUGAUGCGUUACAGUUGCUUGGAUCAAGAAGCGAGGUUUCUGGCUCAAUCAUGACCAAUCGAUUUUCCGGAAACAAGAGAAGUAGCUCGGAUUCACACUUCACGACUCAAGAUCAACCAGAGACUCUGCAUUGGUCCAAGUUGCUUAGAAACGGACCUGGAAGCCUCUCCAUGAAUGUGAAUCCUUUGGCAAACCAACCUCCACGAGGAGGAGGACAGAUCAGUCAUUUGCUUCAUCAGCUGUCUACAAGCAGGUUCAAGGAUGAAAACAUGGGCCAAUCAGUUAUCGCUCAGACAGCUGCAGAUGAAGGUUCGAGAACCGGGAUGAAAGGUUCUGGUAUCUCGACUUCUUUUACAAUGCCAAACCCGAACAAGCUCGAAUGUCUUGCGCCUUCAAGUACUGGAAAUCGGAAAGACUUGACGUCUAAUACUAAGCAAAUGACAAUCUUCUAUGGCGGUCAAGCUCAUGUCUUUGAUGAUGUUCACCCAAACAAGGCGGAUGUGAUAAUGGCCUUGGCAGGAUCAAGUGGAGGCUCAUGGUCUACAGGUUUGUCGCAGAAACCGAAGACGAUGAUGAACAACACAAGCGACGGUCCAUACAAACUAGGCCACAUGUAUGAAGGAGGCAGCUCUAGAGAAACACUGUUUUUGGCCCCAGAGUUUCGUCCAAGGCCAGGUCAUCAAGCCAACUUUACACGACCAGGUAGAGAACAUCAGGGUAGCAUCAUCUCAAGGGGACGGGAUACCAGAGAUCCGGUUCACAUAUCAGACCCUGAAAAGAAGCCACGUGAUUAA